UGUCUUCCAGUACCAGUCGUGUUGUGAAACGCAUCUGCGUUAAUUCCUUCAUUUUUUUUUACAUUUGUACGUAUUCGUCCAUCGAAUGAAAAACUAAACGUUAUUACUUAUUACUUAUGUCAGGAUUAACUUAACUCGUUUCAGUGAACUGUAAAGCCUAUCAGGCUUAGCUUGCUAGCUAGCUUAGCUCGCUAGUUAGCUUAGCUUGUUAGCUGCUAACAAAGAGACGCGGAAGUGGUCAACACAUCGCUAAGCAGAGAUCAAGUGACAAAACAGAUGAAACUUGGAAAAGCAUGAAGGUCUACAACUUCUUUGUGUGUCGCUGGGUCAAGGACAUUGGUAUGAAGACUCUCCCGGAUAAAUAUGCAUCGUGUUUGCUCGGACGUCUGCUAAGAUAAUCUUCUCCCUGAGCACCAGGAGUGGAGCUUCAAGAUGCAGCAGAAGGAGCCACAAACCCCCCACAACAAAGAGGAAGAGGAGGAAUACAGCAUCAGUCAAGAGGGAGAGCAUCUUGAAUGGUUGGAGGAGUUCCCAGUGAUUGUGAAGAGUGAAGAUGAUGAGGUCAAAGGGGAAAGUGAGGAGAAGAGAGUGGUGGAGCCUCCAAGCAGCAGCUCAACUCAACACAUGACAACAGAAGCUGAUGGAGACCACUGUGGAGGAUCACAAGCAGACAAGCUCUUAGCUCCACUAUCAGAUAGUGACGACACAACAUCACACUCUCCUGACACUGAUGAUGAAGACUCUAAAGCUGAUAACACACACUUGACAUGUUCUCACUGUGACAAAACGUUUAGGUAUCCUAGUCAUCUGAAAAUACACACGAGAAUACACACUGGAGAAAAACCUUUUUGCUGUUCAAUCUGCGGUUUAUGUUUUACACAGAGUGGAAGUUUGAAAGUGCACACGAGAAUACACACUGGAGAAAAAACAUUUGUGUGCUCAAUUUGUAGUAAAAGAUUCACCCAUGAGGCAAAUUUAAAAGUACACACAAGAAUACACACUGGAGAAAAACCUUUCAUGUGUUCAGUGUGUCGGAAAGGUUUUGUACGAAAUACCGAUUUUAAAGUACACAUGAGAAUACACACUGGAGAAAAACCUUUUUCCUGUCCAGUCUGUAGUAAAAGGUUCGUGCGAAGCCAACAUUUGAAAAGACACAUGAGAACGCACGCUGGAGCGAAAACAUACUCCUGUUCAGACUGCAAUAGGAGAUUUUGUGACCGACUAGCACUUAAAAAACAUAUGAAGACACACACAGGUGAGAAAGGGUUGAGUUGCAGUGAGUGUGGUGAAAGAUUCUCUUAUAAGUACCAGUGUAAGAAACACAAGUGUGCUGGUGAGAACAGCAGCAGCAAAUGAAGCUGCAGGAUUUGAAAUCUGCCAUCAAGACUUUGAUAACUUUGACUUUCUAACAACAUCAGUACAUAUAACAUGUGUGACAUUGUUGUUGUGUGUGUAACACAUACUCUUUAAUAUGCUUCUACAAUGUAUAAAUACAAUGUUUUUUUUUAGAAUAGUAGGUUUAUUUUAUUCAAGUAUGUGUGUUAAUAUACAACAUUGUGUACAUGUACUUAAAACAACUUCCUAUGUGAAAGCUGAAGCUUCAGUCUAUUUUGCCUACCUUUUUUUCCCAUUCAUUUUCCCCCCAAAAAA